AUGUCCGGUGCGUCCGUCGCUCAAGACUCCUGUCGAGAGUUCAGGGUGGCCCAAAUCUUCAAGGUACCCACCCCUACGGCCUUCUACCAGCUGCACCCAAGGUACCUCACUCACCUCGCCUAUCCACCCACCUCUGCACCUCUGCACCUCUGCACCACCCCUCCGGUCCCGUCCAUCCCAUGCCCUGGGCAAGUGGACAAGAACCAAGACCCAAGACGAAGAAGCUCCAGGUUCAGCUCUCCCCUUCAAACCUCCCUCUCCACUCCCCCCUCAUCCCUUCAGCCCCCCCUCCCCAGUCAGUCAGUAGUCGUCCCAGUGGAUGCCUCCAGUCUUCAGUUCGCGUCACAAGCACCAGCACCAGCACCAGCACCCAGCACCAGUGCAACCUGUACCCUGAACCCGAACUCCAAGGGUGGUGACGACGGUCGACAGACGACAGGCGCCCCGACUCGUGCCGCCAUCGCAAUCGCCCAUCUCGAAACUCUCGAUCCCCCGCUCCCGCUUCACCCCCGGCCCUCAACCCUCGACCGCACUCGUGCGACUGUCUCUGCUGCAAAACAGAGACCGCCCGCGAACAUGACGACCACCCCCCGUCAUGGCCCUUGGCUCGAGUCGCUCACUCGGCGCUCGGAACUUCGCCUAGACCUGGCAAACCGCUCUAAAAAGCUUGCCUCGCGCCUCGUUACCUCCCACCUUCCUCCAAUCCCUUCCCUCUUCUCACACAUGGCUGCCACUUUGCUAACCUGCCACGUCCUUCAGGCCCGGCCAACAGGUCGCUACGGAAGCUUCCCAAUGGCAAACGGCCAGAACGAAAAGCAGGCCCCGGCCGUCCCUCCCACCUUCGCCGCCUCAAACCUCUAUUCACAAAAUAUCUGGACCUCCACCUAUGGCGGCGCCAAGAGAGACACUAGAGGCCCCGAAGACUCCUUCCCCGGACAGCCCUCCGGCUCCAGCGCCCUCAGAGAGAACUCGGAGGCCGAGACCUGGGGCCAGAGACCCUGGAACCAGGACAGCCAGACUCGGACCGCCUCCGGCAGCGCCUCUCCCAACCGCACCCGCGACAGCCUGCACAGCACCACUUCCUUCUUCGACAACAACGCCGUCGGCCAGGGACGUUCCCUCAUCAACGGCCGCCCCAAGUCAUACCUCGAGGAUGACAAGGAGAACACGGCCUUCGCGCCCAGCUAUAACAGCCCCUUUGACGCCACCUACGCGAGGCAGGAGAAGCGUGGCUCGAAAGACAAUGCCUACCUGAGCCUUGGCGUCGUUGGCGCUCCCUCGAGAGACAGCAGUAUCCCUCCCUCGCGUCAGUCGGACGAUUCCCAGCACCACUCGCCCCCGGCCUUCCGAGACACCUUUGGCUACGGCCACACGCCGAGCAACUCGAUUACCUCGUCCCGCCCGGUCAUCCCCGGCCACUCUUCCUCCUUCCCUACCCAGACCACCAACAACCGCGCCUUCAUGGCGAACGGCAGGCAGAUGGAUGACGCCGACUUGGCCUCGCAGUUCAAGAAGUCCCUCACCCUCGACGAAGCCCAGAGCCUUGCCGCCAGCGCCCAGAACUUCCAGUUCAACCCCGUGUCCCAGCCCUGGAGGGGAGACGUCGCUGCUACCGGUGACGUCUACGCCGAUGCCAUGGCCCAAUACCUCCCCCACAACAAGCGCAGCUCCGUCGUCGGUGCCUCGGGCGGCCAGUACCGCGUAGUAGCGAGCCCAAAGACAUUCCCGCCCCAGUCAUCCGACCCCUGGGCCCAACGGCAAUCGCCCCGCGACCUGAGAAUGGUCCCGGACGGUGACCGCCGGACGCCCGUCCCGGCCUUUAUGCAAGCCCAGGCCCCCGCCUUCUACCCCGGCCCCUACUACAGCCCCAACUUCGCCGGCCAGUACCCUCCCCAGAUGUUCGAUCCCUACGGCAGGCCCUCGCUGCCUCUGCCAGGUUACGGUCUGCACAUGGCGCCCUACUCCAUCCCCGGCGUCAUGCCUGUCCGGCCUGGCAAGGAUCAGGACCCGGGCAAGGGCGUCCGGAGCCUGUUGCUGGAGGAGUUUAGGUCCAGCUCCAAGUCGAAUAAACGGUAUGAGCUCAAGGACAUUUACGGCCACGUCGUCGAGUUCAGCGGCGACCAACAUGGUUCAAGGUUCAUCCAGCAGAAGCUCGAGACGGCCAAUAGCGACGAGAAGGACCAGGUCUUCCGCGAGAUCGAGCCCAACGCCAUCCAGCUGAUGAAGGACGUCUUUGGAAACUACGUCAUCCAGAAAUUCUUCGAGCACGGCAACCAGGUCCAGAAGAAGGUGCUGGCGUCGCAGAUGAAGGGCAAGGUUGUCGAUUUGUCGAUGCAGAUGUAUGCUUGCAGGGUCGUGCAAAAGGCCCUCGAACACGUCCUCGUCGAGCAGCAGGCGGAGCUGGUCAAGGAGCUGGAGCCCGAGAUCCUCAAGGUCGUCAAGGACCAGAAUGGCAACCACGUCGUGCAGAAGAUCAUCGAGCUCGUUCCCCGCCAGUACAUUGACUUCGUUAUGGACUCGUUCCGCGGCCAGGUCAGCCAACUGGCUGCCCACAUGUACGCCUGUCGUGUCAUCCAGCGCAUGCUCGAGUACGGCACGGAACAGGACAAGGAGACCAUCCUGGCUGAGCUCCACAGCUCCACGCAGGUCCUCAUCACCGACCAGUACGGCAACUAUGUCGUGCAGCACAUCAUCGAGCACGGCAAGUCCGAGGACCGCUCACGAAUCAUUCAGCUCGUCAUUGCGCAGCUCGUCACCCUGUCCAAGCACAAGUUUGCGUCCAACGUCGUCGAGAAGUGCAUCCAGUACGGUACCGCCGAGGAGCGCAAGGGCAUCCGGGAGCAGAUCAUUUCUCACGCUGCCGACGGUACCAGCUCGCUCCAGCUGAUGAUGAAGGACCAGUACGGAAACUACGUGAUCCAGAAGCUGCUGAACCAGCUCGAGGGCGCUGAACGAGAGGCCUUUGUCGAGGAAAUGAGGCCCCAGUUCAACACGCUGCGCAAGACGAGCACGAGCCGCCAGCUGGCGGCCAUCGACAGGCUCAUCUACGCGACACAGACCCCCCCAUCCAAGUCCGGAGGGUCUCAAGCCGACUCGACGGCCCCGACCCCGGUGCUGACGAUGGAGCCCAACAGCCCGCAGAGCAGCAGCCCCCCCAGCACCAGCGCCAGCGCCGUCGGCGAGGUUGCGGAAGAUGACAAUCACAAGAUCAGCGCCCGGGGCGGCGUCAGCCUCAAGGUGGAGGCGGGCGACCGCCGAGGUGCGGCGACGGGGGUACGCCGCGUUCGCCCCGACGCCGGGGGCGCAACAGUCCGGCUUCGCGCCGCGGCACGGAAAGGGCAUCGAGCCCGCGGCGACGAUGACGAAGACGACGACGACGACGGUGACAAGUCCCGGGCAGGCGGCGGUGGGUGCGUCCAAGGGGGAUACCGACGACGGGCUGGACCCGCAGGGCGGCCAGAGCGCGGCGACGAAGAAGACUACGGCAUCUUCCCCCCCGCCGCCGCCGUCGCCAUCGCCAUCGCCAACGUCGUCGCAGACGGGGGAAGCGGAAGAGGCGGACGAGGCCAAGGCGGCGAAGCAGGAGGCGCGGGACCAGGCGAAGAAGAGCGGGCCGCUCGAGGCGAUCCUGCACAUGGGCCCGCCGGAGGAGGUGGCGAAGCAGCACCCGCCCAUGUCGCCGACGCCGACCUGGAGCGCGGCGGGUACAGCAAGGAGCAGAGCAUCACGCUGAUGAAGGCGAUCCGGGCGAUCCUGGCGCAGAACCUGGACGUGGCGCAGGAGAGCCUCGUGAGCAAGAGCGACGUGGAGAACGAAACGUACCUCUUCCGGGCGGCGUGCUCGGAGCUGAGCACCGAGGUCAGGAACAACCAGAAGCUGGCGGACGAGGAGAUGCGGCAGAAGCGGACGCUGCUGCAGCACGAGGUGGACAUCCUGACGCAGAGCCUCAACCAGGAGCUGCUGACGCUCAACGACAACGUCCGCGGCAUGUUCAACGACCGCAAGAUGGCGGUGCGGGAGGAGCAGAAGGCGGGCGACAGCGUGAUCCAGCAGAUCAACUACAAGAUCAGCCUGCACCUCAGCAGCGACGCCAAGUCGGAGAUCGAGGGCCUGCGGUGGAUCCUGAUCCGGCGGUCGGUGAUCGGGAUCCUGUUCAUGGCGGUGCUGACGCUGGGGACGCUGCGGUACGGGACGUACGUGAGCCACGCGAAGCAGGCCGAGGCGGACCGGGUGCGGAAGCAGGCCGAGAUGAUCAAGAUGGCGGACGGGAAGCGCGACCACAGCUCCGCGCCGGACGCGGCGGAGAUCCUGGCGGCGAACUAG